AUGGAAUCUCUCUUGAAAAACCUUAAAGAACACGUUACAUGCUCGAUUUGUUUGGAUACCUUCACCGAACCCAAGACAAUCGUCUGUCUCCACACAUUUUGCUGCGAAUGUUUGAAGAGACACGCUCUGACUACUCAGCGAGAAGGAAAGUUUCGCUGCCCCGAGUGCCAAGCACAAGUUGGCGUCCCUGAACGAUUCGAUCAAUUACCGACCGGUUUUCUGCAGAAUAGUCUGUUAGGACUUCUCGCUGUACAAAAAAGCGGCGAUGGAAGUGAGAUCAGUUGCGGCAACUGCAGGAAAAAAAGCGCUGAGACAAGUUUUUGUUUCAAUUGCGGAAAGUUCAUGUGCCCUGACUGUUUAAACGCACAUGAACUACUUAGAAAUGUGGCUUUUGACGGCCACAAAGUAAGAGCGAUCAAGCAUUUUCAAACUGAAGACUACGAAGCUUUACUGAAACGGCAGUCGUUUUGCUCUCAGCAAUACCACGAGCGAGAAGUAACGAGGUUUUUUUGCCUCGAGUGUCGAACUUGCGUCUGUCAGGUUUGCGUGGUCACGGAUCACAGGAAUCAUGCUGUGGAUCCACUUGAUAAGGCAGCUGAUCACGAGAAAGCUAAAAUCAUGGCAGGAACCGAGCUGAUGAAAGAAAAGGGAAAAAUUUACGGUGAUGUGAUUCGGGAAUUAGAGAAAACAAUUUUUGUUCUGGAAACUAACAUCUCUGCUGCUAAACGCGAAGUUUCCGAGACAGCGGAGCAAAUCAUCGCGAAGGUUCGAGAACGCGAGAGAGAGCUUAUUACUACUCUCGAGGAUACACGCGUAAUUAGAACUAAGAAAUUGAACUCUCUGAAGACACAAGUGCAGUCGCUGGUGAAGCAAAUCAACCAAGCAAUCGAGUUUGCCGAAAAACUGGUUCAACAAAGCGCCAGCUCUGAUAUCAUGCAAAGCAAGAAGUCGUUGGAGAAGCGAUUCGAAGAUCUUAUUGAGACCUCGGUUCCAACCGUUUUCUUUACGGGUGAAGUUUGUCUCCACUUUUGAACCAGACAGUUUGACUCUAGGUUUCGUAAAAAAUAGUGAACGAGUUGUAGAAGGGUUGGAACAAGAAUUUCAAGCUGGUGUGGAAGCAGAAUUGAUAUUUUGUCCAAAACUGACCGAUGAGACGGAAGGGAGUUUUGGCCUCGACGUUAACAUAAAACCAGCCGAAAAAGUUGGAAGUUUGGUGACUUCUAAAAGAAGAGAUGGAACUUUUCAGGUCAGGUUCACAACUAAAGUUCCUGGCACUUACAGCAUUCAAGGAUAUGAAAAUAUCGGUGAUUUCACUUCUUGGAGCAUUUUCUUUGGACUUGCUCAGGUGAAGCAACGACGAUUGGAAGUGAGAGAGUUCGAUUUGAAUGGAGAAUUUCAACCACGAGGGAUCGCUGUGAACUCUAAUAAGGGGUUGAUCGCUGUAACCGACGUGAAUGGUCACUGUAUCCUGCUAUUGGAUAAAGAGGGAAAUUUUCUACGAAAAUUUGGCUGUAAAGGAACGGAUAUUGGGCAGCUUAACUCUCCAUCUGAUAUAACAUUUUUAAACGAUAGCGAGAUUCUUGUGGCAGAAGAGUUAAAUCAUCGCAUUCAGCAGUUUAAUGUGCACACUGGAAAAGGAGUGAAAACUUUUGGAAAGCACGGAGAAGGAGUGGGUGAGUUUCGGAAUCCAACAGGUGUUUAUAGGGAUGGUGAAGAACGUAUCUUUGUUGCAGACUUCAACAACAGCCGAAUACAGGUUUUUACAAAAGAAGGUGAACCAGUGUUUAGUUUUGGGUCGGGAUUACUUCGGGGCCCCACUGCGUGUAUAGUCCACCAAAAUAUGUUUAUUGUUUCUGACUCUUCCAGCCAAUGCUUAAAAAUCUUUGACAAUUCAGGAAACUUUCUCUAUAUGAUUGGAGGAAAAGGUAGAGCGGAUGGACAGUUACAAUGGCCUGGGAGUUUGUGCAUUGAAAAAAGUGGAAAUCAUCACAACAUUCUCGUUUGCGACUACAACAGUCACAGAAUUAUACAGUUUACAGUGGAAGGUUCAUUCACUGGAAAAACUAUUCGUAAGCUACAAAAUCCCAUGUGCAUAGCAGUAACUGAAGAUGGAAGAAUUUUAGUAACCUGUUCUAGGGCCCCCAAAAUAUUCAUCCUACAAUAA